CAAUACUUGUAACUUUGGCGAGUCAUCUGUUUUCUUUUUUCAUUCCGCCGAUUGUGAAAAGAAUAUUCCAUCUAAGGAAGAAGCCAUUUAAAUAAGUCACGAUGUUUGGGUUUCAGAUGUUUGGCGCAUUUCCCCAGACCUUUAACAAGCAGUACCGAUGUUACUCUGUGUCUAUGCUGACUGGAACAUACAGACAAGAUGUGGAACGAGGAGGAAAAAUUAUUAUGCCACCUUCUGCUCUAGAUGUUUUAACCCGACAGAAUAUCGACUACCCCAUGUUGUUUAAAUUGACACACAAGAAAAUGGAACGAGUAACUCACUGCGGUGUACUGGAGUUUGUGGCCGAUGAAGGAAAGGUCUAUUUACCGUACUGGAUGAUGAAAAAUCUAUUUUUAGAUGAGGGUGACCUACUGAAUGUGGAGAGCUGCAGUCUGUCCGUCGCUACCUACUCCAAGUUUGAACCUCAAUCCGUCGACUUCUUAGAUAUCACAAAUCCCAAAGCAGUUCUGGAGAACAUCUUACGUGGCUUUGCCUGCCUAACAAAGGGGGAUAUGAUCGCAAUCAAUUACAAUAAUAAGAGCUAUGAAUUACAGGUGCUUGAGACAAAACCAAGUGAUGCAGUCUCUAUCAUUGAGUGUGACAUGAGUGUGGAGUUUGCUGCUCCUAUUGGUUACGUUGAACCACAGAGACAUAGACCAGCAGAACAAGACCCUGAGGAAAUGCAGGUUGAUGGUGCAGGAUUUAUAGAUACAGAUCAAUUCAUGGCUUUCCAAGGACAAGGAAAUCGGUUAGACGGAAAAAAGAAAAACGUAGAUUCAAAACCAGUUCCUCUGGGCACAACAACAAUAAAAAGGGGUAUUCCAAACUACGACUACAAAAAGGGCACAAUCACAUUCAUCAGAACAGUAAGACCAUCGGUAACAAACGGCACAAAUGGCGAGGAUGUGCCAGACUUCGAGGCCUUCAAGGGAGAAGGACAACAGUUACGUAAAAAGAACAAGAAGAAGUAGAUCAUGCCAAGGGAUGAACUGUUUACAAGUCAAUGUGAUUAUUUAUUCAACAACUUUGUGAAUCCAGGGAACGAUUUCGUCCAGCAAUUUUGCAUAGCAAGAAAUUUAGACUGAAGUUGUUUUGUGCACACUGAAUGCUGAUUUCUUGAUCUCAAUUGGAACUUCGUGUGUAGCAUUUUGCUCUGCUAUACAAGGGAAGUCGUUCACUGGAAUCUGUUUGCCCAAAAGAUGCUACAUGUUGAAUCCCAGACUCUGCCGAUGACACCAAUCUUGUCUGAGGAAACACUGGGAAGUUAUCAACGAUGUGCAAACAAACUCUGGAAUAAGGUUGUGCUGGUGUUAUCGUGAGGGAAUCAUAUCGACACAUACCGGCCUUGAAUUUCGUUCUUGAAGGGGCACGGCAAUUUCCCUCUGGUAAAGGGCAGUUCAUAAAGGAAAGUGUAAUGUGUAACGAAACUUUGCAGAGGGCACCACGGCAAUUGCUGCGGGUGUCGUGGGUUAUUUUAAGGCCUUCAUCUAUGACAACCUAUGUUAGAUUUCAUAGAACACAGUUAUCAAACCAACCAUCCAUAAAGAGUAUUAAGCAGUGACCAGUCACAACCCCCCCUCCCCCGACCCCCUUCACCUUCACUCCAUCCCUCGUCGAUCUCAAUGAAAUAUUGAUCCUGUGAUCAGAUACACGGACCUUAAAAGGGUCUAUGCACUUUUUCCUAACAAAAAACACAAUGUCCACAGAUUUACAUUAAACUUACACAGUUAGAAUAUUAUGAUAGUAGA